UUCGUUACCAAUACAAUCGCAUCUUCUUUCGUUCGGUGGCCAAACCGUAGAAAAACAUCCAUCCAUGCCAUACUCGUUUUAUCGGCAGUAUUUUGUGAAACUGUGAAGGUCGAAUAACGCCUGGCGCGUUUGCUAAAACAAGACCAUGUAGCUAAUUCGUUCUUUGAGACGUCGUUUGUUCAGGUGGGACGUAAUAUCUUCUCUACGACGACAUCUUUGGUAGGUGAGCGAUAGGAGCUAACGCGACAAUUUCUCUGCCGAGCAUCCCUGAUAACGGAUUCAAGCUGGCGGAAAUGGAUGAACAAAGCGUGGAGAGCAUCGCCGAGGUGUUCCGCUGCAUCAUUUGCAUGGGGAAGCUGAGGGACGCUCGCCUCUGCCCACACUGCUCCAAGCUCUGCUGCUUCAGCUGCAUACGGCGCUGGCUGACGGAGCCUGGAGCUCGGUGUCCACACUGUCGAGCUCCACUCCAGCUGAGGGACCUGGUCAACUGCCGCUGGGCCGAGGAGGUGACGCAACAACUGGACACGCUGCAGCUUUGCAGCCUCACCAAGCACGAGGAUAACGACAAAGACAAAUGUGAGAACCAUCACGAGAAGCUGAGUGUCUUCUGCUGGACGUGUAAGAAAUGCAUCUGCCACCAGUGCGCUCUGUGGGGCGGCAUGCACGGCGGCCACACCUUCAAGCCGCUUGUGGAGAUCUACGAGCAGCACGUGACUAAAGUGAAGGAAGAGGUGACCAAGCUGCGCCGACGCCUCAUGGAGCUCAUCAGCCUAGUGCAGGAAGUGGAAAGGAACGUGGAGGCGGUGCGGGGAGCCAAGGACGAGCGGGUCAGGGAGAUCCGCAACGCUGUGGAGAUGAUGAUCGCCCGUCUGGACAACCAACUGAAGAACAAACUCAUCACGCUCAUGGGCCAGAAGACAUCCUUGACCCAGGAGACAGAGCUGCUGGAGUCCAUUUUACAGGAAGUGGAGCAUCAGCUCCACUCGUGCAGUAAGAGCGAGCUGAUCUCCAAGAGUCCGGAGAUCUUGCUGAUGUUCCAGCAGGUCCACAGGAAGCCCAUGCAGUCCUUCGUCACUACGCCCGUGCCGCCUGACUUCACCAGUGAGCUUGUUCCUGCCUACGACUCCAGCACUUUUGUUUUGGUGAACUUCAGCACCCUGAGGCAACGGGCUGACCCGGUCUAUAGCCCUCCUCUGCAAAUAUCUGGACUCUGUUGGAGACUCAAAGUCUACCCGGAUGGUAACGGUGUUGUUCGUGGCAACUACCUGUCCGUGUUUUUGGAGCUGUCCGCAGGACUCCCCGAAACGUCAAAGUAUGAGUACCGCGUGGAGAUGGUCCACCAGACCUCCAGCGACCCGAGCAAGAACAUUAUCCGGGAGUUUGCCUCAGACUUUGAGGUGGGCGAGUGCUGGGGCUACAACCGCUUCUUUCGGCUGGACCUCCUGGCCAGCGAGGGCUAUCUGAACAUGCAGACGGACACGCUGGUGCUCAGAUACCAGGUGCGAUCGCCCACCUUCUUCCAGAAGUGCAGAGACCAGUACUGGUAUAUCGGCCAGCUAGAAUCUGCUCAGAGUGGCUACAUCCAGCAGAUCAACAACCUCAAAGAGCGAUUGGCCAUCGAGCUGUUCCGCCACCGCUCCUCGCCCCCCGAACCGAGGCCGGCAGUCUCCGAACGGGACCCCCGUGCCGUCAAGAGCGAUGGCGACAUUCAGACUACGCUGAGCAACGGGAAAAAAGCCGGCAACGACGAUGUGCGAACCUCGCACGAUGACUCCAACGAGCUGUCUGACGGGGACCUGGAGGUAGACUGCCUCACCGAGGAGGAGGUGAACCCCCUGGACUGCAGCAGCACUUCAGGGAGCUCCACGGCCACCAGCAACACUGAAGAGAACGACAUUGAUGAAGAAACCAUGUCCGGUGAGAACGACGUGGACUUCAUCGGAAACCUCGACACGGAGGAAGGAGAGCUCCCCGAUGACUUGGAUGGAGCCGCCGGUGGUUCCAGCUUCUGCUUGCGUUCCUCACUUCUCAGUUCAGCUCUUAGCCGUGUCAACGGAGGAGGCGGGGCUUCUGCUGCUGCUGCUGGUGCAGUCGGUGGCAGCGGAAGCAGCAGCCUCCUUGACAUGGACCCGGUCAUCCUCAUCCGUCUGCUAGAUUUGAAAGAACAUGACAACGUGGAGACCCUGUGGGGGCUUCAGCCUCGACCGCCGGCAUCUCUUCUCCACAGCCAAGCAGAUCUGUCCUCAAGGAAAGACCGGGAGCGUCGUCCCCAAGUGGUGCGUCGCUCCGCCCCGGAUUCGGCGGUCCUCGUGCGACUCAAGGCGCAGAUCGCUGAGGUACGCAACAAAAUGUCUGACAUCAAGAGCCAGGUGCCGGAGCCCCGCGCGGCCGGAGAACCUAGACCCGGUCCGUCUGCGAUCGCGCACCCGGAGUCGUCCGCCGGUCGGUCCAGGCCGUACCGCCCAGGGCAGAAAUGUCCGUCGUCUGUCCUGGAAAGCGACGACGCUUCCGGGGGACGUCAGAGGAGUCCGGAUCGGACGGAAAAAGAUGGCGUGGAACUCGGACUGCAUCUCAAAGAAGCUGUGGACGGAGGAACAAAGACGACGGACGGAACUCAGUUGUCACCAGAGCAGUCGUCCUCCAAGCGACUGACGUGCACGGCUUCAGGGCGCAGGGACGACGUAUUCUCACUGGUCGGAUCUGGUUACGCUGCUGCGAGGACGCUUUGGUGCGGCUCGCCGGCUCGGCUCGAAACUAUGGGCUCAGCUACGUUGGACUCCGAAAAUGAAAGCUCAGCUAGCUCGCAUCUUUGCUCCCGGGACGGAUCGUCUUCACAGCCGCAGUCCAGUGAGGGUCAAUUUGCCCCAGAGCCGCUGGCGCCUGUUGCGGUGGCGGCGACAAGCAGCGAGAGCGACAGCGAGGACGAAGACGCUCUCCUCGUCGCCGACUCGCGCUACGACAGCCAGACUCCGCCUUGCACAGGGGAGUCACUGUCUGAAGACAUGACUGACAGGUGAUGGACCUGCCCCACCCAGGCCCAUGAGGUUCCGUAGAGUAGGAAGAAACUGCCUCUUUAUACACAAGCAAAACAUUUCUAAGGCGUUUUUUCGGUAGUAGAGCAAGUCAACGUCCACUAAACCGCAUGAUUUCAAUGAAAGUCACUUUGACAUUCCAUUUUUUUCCCACCGUUUAUUAUCGCGCUUAAAAGAUCAUUGGGACAACAGCAGGGUUGCCGUGGAAACUGUUUUCCACUGCAUCGACACGCUUAACAAAACUCUCAUUUUGCACUGGAACGGAAAAUGAAGAGUUUAAGCACAUUUGGGCUGCUAGAAAAAAACUUUUUCCAUACUUGACAAGCGUCCAUUUUCUGCACUUUUUUUUUGGUUUUUUUUUUUUAAGUCGUUUAACGCGGUACGUGCGCAAGCUUCGUUUCGAUUAAUUUUGAUUGAGCCAAGGGAACAACAACACGGCCUUUUUCUUUUUCAUAUUAAGGUAACACUUUUGAAUGUUCCCGCAAUGCACUGACCCUGUUUGAUGAUGACUACCUUUUUGUGUUUUUCACCUAAUAAAAGUUUUAUCAGCGUUUAAAUCCGUUGAUUAUUCAUUUUUGCUGUGAACCGGUGGACAACAAGGCAGCUUGCAAGGGUUUGUUUUCAAACUGCAACGCUGUCCACUUACAGCAGCGUUGUUCAAACUAACGUCCAGCGGGCCAGGUUCAGCAAAUAUCAUUAAAUAUGGCCCGCACAAGAAGCUUGUAUUCACCCAACAUUCUGUUGCCAUUCUCAGCUUUAACACUAGAUGGAGCAAGUCACUUAAAGUGUCUCUCAGGGAUCAACAUUGAUGUGUUAAUGUAGGAAACUACAACAAAAUAAUGAAAUUCUACACAAAGAUUUAAAAUAAGCCAAUGUGAUAUUUGAGUAAUUUUCAUGCCUUUUUUUCUGCAAAAGAUUCUGAUGGUAUGAUAACCUUAAGCCAAAAUAUCAGUUUCACGGUAUUGAAAUUACAGCUCUAAAAUGUGUUGAGAUAUCUGGGUUUAGGGCUGCAGCUAUCGAUAAUUUUAGUAGUCGAUUAAUCGAACUAUUUAGUUCGAAUAAUCGAGUAUUCGGAUAAGGAACAUAAAAAAUGCAAAUACCUGAGCCUCUAACGGUAUAAAAAAUAAAUGAGGAGCUACAGUGCCCUCCAUAAUUAUUGGAUUUAUAAUAAUUAUGUGUUUUUUAGCUUCUAAAUAAUAUGGGACCUUAAUGGAAAAAAAGAGAAAAAUCCAACCUUCAAUACAAGUGCAUUUAUUCAGUGGGGAAAAAAUCCCACAUAAAUAAUUAUUUGACAUCAAAUAAUGUGUGUCACAAUUAUUAGCACCCCUGGUGUUAAUACUUUGUACAACCCCUUUUUGCCAACAAAACAGCACCUAAUCUUCUCCUCUAAUGUUUCACAAGAUGGGAAAAGACAGAAAGAGGGAUCUUCAGCCAUUUGUCUUUGCAGAAUCUCUCUACAUCAUCCAGAGACCCGACUCCUAUGUACUCUCCUCUUCAGCUCACCCCACAGGUUUUCAAAGGGGUUGAGGUUGGGGACUGAGAUGGCCAUGGGAGGAGCUUGAUUUUGUGUCUGGUGAACCAUUUCUGUGUAGAUUUGGCCAUAUGUUUAGGGUCAUUGUCUUGCUGAAAGACCCAGUGACGACCCAUCUUCAGCUUUUGGGCGGAGGGCAUCAUAUUUUGAUUUUAAAUGUCCAGGUAUUUCAAAGCAUUCAUGAUUCCAUGCACCCUAACAAGGUUCCCAGGGC